AUUACCUAUCAUUCAGUUAUGUUUUUGUGAUUUUACUAUUUCAAAAAUUGCGAUAGUAUGUAAAUACGGCGUAUUAAUUUAUUUAAUAGUGUCAAGUGAUAAUUUAUUAAUAAAAAUGUCUCAAGGAAAAGUUGUUUUGAUGGCUUGUGGAAGUUUUAGUCCACCAACUUAUAUGCAUUUGCGCAUGUUUGAAAUUGCUAAAGAUUACUUACACUCAUUGGGUUUAGCUACCGUCAUAGGAGGCAUAGUAUCACCAGUUCAUGAUGCCUAUGGAAAAAAAGAUUUAGUGGCUGCCCAACAUAGAAUAGCAAUGUUAAAGCUGGCACUACGGUCAUCAUCAUGGAUUAAGAUAUCUGAUUGGGAGACACAGCAGAAUGGCUGGACCAGGACCCGAGUAUCUUUACAAUAUCACCAGGACACAAUCAACCGACAUGUAGCUACUAUAGACGAUUCUGACGGCCCUAACUGGCUGCCAGAUGAUAUACUCAAUGUGAACAACAUCAAUUGCGCAAACAGUAUUGACGAGCCCGACAAUUUAAUGGAAAGACUGAAUGGCAACCACAAUGAACGCGUCACUGUGAAAUUGCUGUGCGGCGCUGAUUUGUUGGAGUCGUUUGCCACUCCUGGUCUGUGGUCGGAUGAGGACUUGGAAACAAUAGUGGGGCGUCAUGGAUUAGUAGUGGUAUCUAGAGCGGGUAGCGACCCUGGCCGAUUUAUAUACGAAUCCGAUAUGCUUUAUAAACACAGGAACAACGUGACUUUAGUGACGAAUUACAUCGUGAACGAGGUGAGCUCGACGGUCAUCCGGCGGCUGGUUCGACGCGGUGAAAGCGCUAAGUACCUCACGGACGACGCAGUGCUCGCCUACUUGCGGAGUCACCGUCUCUAUGGUGCCACCUCCUCACACACUGAGUAUAACAUUCUUAAUGACCUUAUAGCCAACUAUGACAAAAAAUCACCUCAAGACGUCAUAAUGGCUUCCCCGGAAGAAGCUAGUUUCAAAAGCAUACUAAUAUCUAUCAGAGACAAACCAUCAAUUGUAGAUGAGACAGUAACCGUAAAAAGAGCAAAGAAAACGAACUUUUUAAUGCCAAACAGUCACACAGAUUCAGUAAGCCCCAUUAUGGACACAAUAAAACCUAAAAUGGCAUAUGUAGACAAGGUACCGUCAACGUAUGUACCUGGGAAAGCAGUAAAGAUAGUCAGCGAUGUGAAUGAACAUGUCAUGAAGGAUGAGAAGGUAAGUGUAGAUGAGGCAACAUAUUCUUCUUUAGACAGCUAUUUGAAGAAAGACGAAGGAGACUGGGAUAUUUAUAAGAGGAGAGUAAGUGAGAGUAAUGUUGAGCAGAGUCUAAACAUUGAUAACGUAGUAAAAAAACGUUGUUCAUCAACUAUAAGGAAAUUAAAGCCGGAUGAAAUGAAGAAGAGUAAGUCUGAAGUAAGUAAGUUGUGUGAUAAAGUAAAAAGCAUUAAGCUGAAAGAUAAAGAUUCGAGGAAUUAUAAAACUAGGAGUUGUAAUGAUAUUGUACGUCUGAUUCUUACUAAACAUGGAAUACAUGUUAUAAGCGAUACAGAAGCUAUAGUAUAG